AUGCGAGUGAACAUAAUGAAAGGAGUUGCCAAAUGCUUGGUUUAUCUGCACGAGUAUAGUCCUAAAAAGUAUGUUCGCGGAGAUCUGGAGCCUUCUAAUAUACUGAUUGGACAUGAUAUAGAGCCCAAACUCUCUGAUUUUGGACUUGGGCUUGUCGCAAAUAUAGCUGGUGGAUCCCCAACCCUGCAAUCCAGUGGUAUGGUCUCCGAGAAACCACAACACAGACAACAAGGCAGUACACUUACAGAUUUGUUUUACAGAGAACCAAUAUACCAAAAGGAAUACUUGUUUUAUGAUGUGUACCAUUUUAGUGAUGACCGGUGA